UUGGAUGAUUGAGCGUCCUGUAGGAAAGAGAAAGCUUACUUAAAACGCGUUAAGAGUUGUAUUUUCUCCUCUUUCGCUGACUCUUGGAUGUUUGUGAAAUGUCCGGGUUUCAGGAUCGUUCAGUUGUUCGUGCUGAGGUCCAACAGCUUUCAGUGAGUAAAGGACGGGUUUCCACAGAGCAGCAGGAAAGGGGGUCCAGUCAGAACCAGGAGAUUACUGAGCCUCCACAGAUCAAAGAGGAACCAGAGGAACUGUGGUUGGGUAGUAAGGAGGAGGGUAUCAGCAUGUUCUCUUUGGUUCCUGUCCCUGUGAAGAUUGAAGAAGAUGAAGAGAAACCUCAGUCCUCACAGCUUCAACAAAGACAAACAGAACAUGUGGAAGCGGGAGCUGGUGGAGAAAACUUUGGAGGACCAAGUGCAGCAAGGUACUACGGUCCAGAGAGAGUUUUGAAACCAGAGACUGAGGUCAUGGGUGAGGACUCCUCUGAGGCUGAGACUGAUGACAGUGCUGAUUGGGUGGAGACAACAGACCACCAUUCAGGUGUAAACUCACUGGAAAACAUAAAAAAUAAGAGUGGAAAGACUGGUAGGAAAUCACGUUGUUGCUCUGUGUGUGGUAAAAGAUUUUACCAUCCAGGUCAUCUAAGAGAUCAUAUGAGAAUUCACACUGAAGAGAAACCUUUAAGCUGUUCUGUGUGUGGUAAGAGAUUUUACCAUGCAGGUCAUCUCAGACAUCAUAUGAGAAUUCACACUGGAGAGAAACCCUUCAGCUGUUCUGAGUGUGGCGAAAGAUUUUCCUAUCAAAAAGCAGUGGACAGACACAUGAAAACACACUCAGUGGAGAAAACCUUUGAGUUUUGUACAAAAUUUUACCCCCAAAAUAAUCAGACUAAACAAACUUUAUUUGACAUGAAGCAGAAACCCAAAAGACGCCCUCAUAGUGGUAAGAGAUUAAGACUUGAGUGUAGUUUGGCAAGUUACAGCAGACCUCUUACUGGUGAGAAACUAAUUGGCUGCUCUGACUGUGGAAAAAGUUUUAACCACAAAGGAAACCUGAACAGACACAUGUUAAUUCAUCACAGACGGAAACCUCAUACUGAUGAGAAACCAUUUGGCUGCACUGAGUGCAGUCAAAGAUUUAACUGCAAAGGAAACCUGACCAGACAUAUGUUAAUUCAUCACAGACGGAAACCUCAUACUGGUGAGAAACCAUUUGGCUGCACUGAGUGUGCUAAAAGAUUUGACCACAAAGGAAACCUGACCACACACAUGUUAAUUCAUAACAGACAGAAAAGUCAUACUGGUGAGAAACCAUUUGGCUGCACUGAGUGUGAUAAAAGAUUUAACGAAAAGCAUCAUCUUUUGUAUCAUUUAAGAAUUCACACAGGAGAGAAGCCCUUCCGCUGUUUUGAGUGUGGUAAAAGAUUUAACCGAAAUGGAAAUCUGACCAGACACAUGUUAAUUCAUAACAGACAGAAACGCUUCAUCUCCACUGAGUGCAGCAAAGGAUUGAACACGACAGAUCAAGCGAUGAAACAUCAGGUAACUCACACUGCAGAGAAUUCCUUAAGUUGCUCUGAGUGUGGAAAAUGUUUUGGCAAGAAAAGUUAUCUUGCCACACACAUGUUAGUUCACACUAAACAGAAACUUUUCGACUGCUUUGACUGUGGUAAAACAUUUAGCCUUGAAGGCAAUUUGACAAAACACAGGAGAAUUCAUGCAGGAGAGAAACCAUUUGACUGCACAGAGUGUGGUAAAAGAUUUGCCCAAAAACAUCAUAAGGACUACCACAUGAGAAUACACUCUGGAGAAAAACCCUUCAGCUGCUCUCAGUGUGGUGAAAGAUUUACCAGACAAAGUUCUCUGACCAGACAUGUAUUAGCUCAAACGUGUUCUGAUUAUUGUGAAACAUUUAGCCGUGGAGACAAUUUGACCAAAUGCAGGGGAAUUCAGACAGGAGAAACCUCAUUUGACUGCUCAGUGUGUGGUAGAAGAUUUCACAUAAGGAAAUGGUUUUCCAUUCAUAUGUUAGGACACACUAACCCAAAACGUUUCAGCUGCUCUGAGUGUGGUAAAACAUUUAGCUAUAGAAGCAAUUUGACAAAACACAAAAGAAUUCAUACAGAACAGAAACCCUUUGAGUGCACAGAGUGUGGUAAAACAUUUAGCCUUGAAAGCACUUUGACAAAACACAUGAUAAUUCAUACAGGAGAGAAACCCUUUGACUGCACAGAGUGUGGUAAAAAAUUUAACUUUGAAAGCAAUUUGACAAAACACAAGAUAAUUCAUACAGGAGAGAAACCAUUUGACUGCACAGAGUGUGGUAAAAGAUUUGUGUAUAAACAUCAUUUGGAAGACCACAUGAGAACACACUCUGGAGAAAAACCCUUCAGCUGCUCUGAGUGUGGUAAAAGAUUUACUAGAAAAAGUUCUGUGACCACACACAUGUUAGUUCACAUGACAAAGUAACCUCAUUUCUUGUUCUGAUUAUGGUAAAACAUUUGGCUGUGAAGACAAUUUGGUGAAACGCAGGGGAAUUCAGACAAGAGAAACCCUAUUUGACCGCUCAGUGUGUGGUAAAAGAUGUAACAAAAAGAAAUGGUUUUCCAGGCAUAUGUCAGUUCACACUAGUUUGAUGUUUUUGCAUAUUUAUUACACUUAAAUGUUACAGAUCAUCAAACCAGUUUUUAUAUUUCACAACAAAUGCAGUGUCUGAAUGACACUGUGGUCCCCAGAAAUAAUAUGACACAGGGCACACUUAUACAGCUAGACAAGCAACAAAUAUUAUGUAAUUUUUUACAAAUAUCUAUGCAUUUUAAUGUAAUUUUGAACCAUAAUAUCUCAAUUUAUGAGGAAUAUUUUUGCUAUGGUUAAAUUAGAUUUACUUGCAUUGUUUCACAGUUCUGGACUACACCAUUUGAACAUUUUUAAGGGAUGAGCAGUGCCCUCCCAGUAUUCAUUUUAUUCCAUUUGAUACAGAUUUCCGUCUGUUGACCAAUUAAUUUAGUUGCUUUGAUUCAAUAAUGACACUUAAUACCAAGAAAAAAAAUAAUUAAAAAAUACCCUUUUCAUUAUAGGUUUCUCAAGGUGGCCCCCUUACUUGGGGCCCGGGUAAUCAGUACCCUUUUCUCCCCUAUGCUACAGCCAUGUAUAUAUAUUUAUAUCUUUAUAUAAAUGAGAGACCAACACUCGACUAAACCUCUGUUUUUGCCCCCACACUAGCCAACAUUUUUACUUACUGAAGGACAGUCAGAUUAUUUUCAAGGACAUCAUUCUGACCCUUAUGGAUUUUGUUUAUAGUUUUCUUUUAUGAAGGAGAUAAAGGAGAUAUUGCACAUAAAGGAGAUAUUUCAGCCCAGUUUUUGUUGUUGACAUGAACUCAUUAAGCAUGGCAAGAUCGUUUUCACUCACACCACAGGGUAGGAAACCUCACAGAUCUGACAGAUGUUGUCAAUACCUGAGCUUCAAUGUCUUGGUCAAAAAUUUUUUUUUUUUAAAUGUAUAUAUAAAAUCACAUUUAAUUCAAAUGUCAUUUCUUGAGCAGGCAUGCGCCUUUGGACCACAGUUUGCAACAACUAAUAUUAAACAAAAAUGUGUUAUAAACUCUUAAUGCUAUCUAAAUGGUUUAGGGAAUAUAGUAGGAAUGUAGUAGUAGUUGUAGUAUUAAUAUUUAACAGACUCAUGACAAUUUUGAUCUGUAAAGUGUUCUGAUGACUUAGAUUUUAAAUGUUGUGUGAGCCACAUUAUAAUUUCCUUCUUUUUCUGAUUUAUAAAUGAAUACCAAUUAUACUUGGACAUGUGUUGCGUAUAUUUACCACUCAGCACCUGGUGUCAUCUUAUAGAGCAGAUUGAAUAUUUUAAUCCCUGAGUUAGACACCUGUCUCACCUUUUCUCAGCAUGCUACCUCCCUAAAUUUACUUACUUAGUUUAUAUUUCAUAGACACUAUAUAAAACUACUUAAUUGCUUUAACAUUCUCCUCUUUUGUAUGCAUGUAUUUGGUGUUUUUAUAUGUCUUUUAAUGCAAGUUUGAUUUGUUGUUUGAGACUUGCCAAAUGGGAA